ACCACAAAGGAAUUGAUCAUAGAGUGCAUACAUGGCUGCAUGUAUAUGUAUAUCAGGAAGUAUUGAUUGUGAUUUACAAUAUUCAAGAAUGUGCUUAAUAGCUUACUGUAUAUCACACCAAAUGGAUGACAGAGUCAGUACAAGAUGGCAACUGUCCAGUCUGUGGAGCACCCACUGCUGAGGCUUCAAUUACAAGCACCUUUGCCGGCAGCAGUAAAACCAGACAAAGACGACAAGCCACUAGAUCUAUAAAUCUGGAGUCUGAUUCCAAUGCUCCUACAACCAGAGGUAGUACAUUUGCUCUUGCAUUUAUGAGAAUUUUUUUUUUCGGUACACCUGAAAUAACACUUUAUAUCACGACGGAACAAAAUGUGUCUAAUUUCACUAUCGAAACGAGGUAUUUUGGUCUAACAGAAUUCAACGAGGCAUCACCUGGCAGUGGAUUGUACUCUCGUACUGGCACAGCUCGGAGGGGGGAAUACACUAUCAUUCAAUUGCAAGCUGCUGCAGACUUUAAUGGUCUACCAGACUUUGGACCACCAGACUUAUCAGUAGGGAGGGUCGUAAUGAAUGAUGAUGCAGUUGAUAGACCAAAGGGAUUGAUUUUAACUGCAGAUAAUCAGAGUGAUGAGCUCACAAUAUAUGCUCUUAGCAGUUUUAUGAUCUCCGCUGGUACCUUCAUGGCUAUUAAUUGUGUCGAGUUUCCAACGGCAAGAGACUACCAAUAUUUCGUAUUCUCAUCUGAAGAUGAUGACAGCCAGUUUCUCAUCACACCCUGUCAAGAUAACACAACUAUUCGUGUUAGACCAUCACAACCAUACACUCACCCUUCCUGGGUGAAUCCAAGUGUGCAACGUACAACUCCGGGUACCUUGUCUGAGGAAGAAGCAAUCUAUGGACGACGUUUCAAUCGUUUUGAUACUCUGUUACUUAGCAGUGUGGAUGAUUUGACCGGCACUAUCAUUACAUUUGACAAGCCAUUGUCUGUCUUCAGUGGCUUUAUAGCUUUUCAUUAUUAUGUAGAGCAAAUUCCACCACACCCAACUUACGGCGAUGUUUUCUUUCUUGCACCAUUUGAAUUAUUUGGAUCUAAUUACUUUCGAAUAGGCUCUGUUAGUGAUGAAGCCUCUAUACAAGUCAACUGCCCAUGUGAGCGAGGCUCUGUGAGUAAUAAUAGAGUGCCCCUUUCAGGUUCUGGGGUAUUUUUCACUGCUGUUAUAAAUCGAGGCCAAUACGUUGAAUGUAGAACACCAUACAAUAGUCGUGCAUUUUGUAGCGUCCAAUCAACACGUCCAGUUACAGUCAUGAGUUACAACGUUGAUUUCAUAAACUCGAUGGUGUAUAUACCACCUGUUGAUUCCUAUCUGACUCGGUACAGUCUCACAAGUCUACUAGGUGAUUUUUUAAGCUAUACCCUCCAGGAACUAAACAUUGAUCAGGAAUUACUAGUCAAUGGAGAUGUAUUGACUCCGUCUGAUGGUUUCACUACCAUCAAUUGUAGGUCGGACUGUUUUGAGUCAAUGGUGUGUGGGCGGGGAGCUACUGGACACUUAGGCCAAGGAACCUUUGAUAUACAAUUUUCUGGUGAUGUACCAUUCUGGGGGUUUGCAUACAGUUUUGGUUUCUUUGCAUACCCUCUACCAUUUGAGAUGAGACCAAUAGGAUUGGCAUGGAUCCAAGCUCAAGACCUUGUUGUCAUGGAAACAAUGGGUUUAGUAGUUAUGGAGUUCAUGAUAACAAAAGGGGAUCGUUCGGUAAUAACAAGAGCUUUUGCUGUCACUAGAAAUGUGUCUGCAACAGAAGGAGAGGACUACAAUUCAACUGGCUUGUUCCGAGGUACAGGCAAUAAUAAUUUGGAAUGGAGAAUUGGUAAUUCAGCUCCCAAUGUUCUAUUUAUCGUGCCCAUAAUUGAUGAUGACAUUCCGGAACCAGUUGAAGUAUUAGAGAUUGUAGUUGAAUGUGAAGAUAAUGGAAACUGCUAUCUACCACGACGAUCUUACACCAUCACCAUUAUAGACGAUCAAGCUAUUUGUUUUGACCUGCCUCAAAUUGAAAUGGAGAAUGGUACCUUGGAAUAUAAUAUGGAGGAAGAUGUGUUUAAUGGCACUAGACCGAAUGGAACUGUUGCAACAUAUACUUGUAUCAAUGGGUUCAGACUGGAUGGAAAUGCCACUAGGAUAUGUGACACUGGAAAUUGGACGGGCACGGUACCUGUGUAUAUAGAAAUCUUUUGCUCCGACCUGCUUCAAAUUGACAACGGUACACUAAGUUUCAUUGGCUUUCCCUUGAAUGGCACUAGACCGAAUGGAACUGUUGCAACAUACAUGCACUUGUGAUGAUGGAUUCAACCUCUCACUAGGAGAUGCUACUAGGAUAUGCUUCGAUGAAUAUUGGACGGGUACUGAACCUGUGUGCACAACAGACCCAACAGUAUCGACUAUGCAGCCAACCAAUGAGGGAGGAGGUGUGUCUGACCCAGUGAUUAUCAGCAUCAUCGUCGUCGUGGUUGUGGCUGCUGUUGCUAUACUGGCAAUAAUUUACUGUCUCUGUUUUUUAAGGUCGA